AAUACAUUAUGUUGCACAGCAUAACGGUGACCAAAUCAUUCAUCUAUGGCAUGAUGAUGCUCGUGUUGCUAAUGACCUCUAUGGCUCUGGUGGAGAGCAAAGCUUUGGUCAAAUCCAGAACUUUACAAAUACACAAUUCAAACUCUGAAAAUGAAGACAACAACAGCAGACAAUUUCUGUUCUUGAAAGGAAUCGGUCGUGAGACAAGUACUCCCGAUUUUAUACGUUUGGUAGUGAUGCGUUUCAUUUACGGUCUGGCCUCCAGCAUGGGUGUGGAAGAACGUCUGGAGAGCUUAUUCAAUGGUGCCUUUGUGCCGCCCAAUGCCGAUGGUGAUUUAUUCGGCUUUGGUGGCGACGGUGAAGAUGGUGGAGACUUUGAUGAGGCCGCUCUAGCAGGUCUAUUCGGUGGUGAUGCAUUCUAAGUGUAACAAGCUGAGAUUGUAAAAUUGUAUAUAGAAAAAUCAUUAGUGUAAUUUAGUAAAGUAUUUAUUUAUGUAAUAUACAUAAUUUCCAUUAUCUAUUUAUUUAUUUAAUAGUUUUAAUAUUAAUUAAUUUAAAUAAAAAAAAAACAAUAACGAUCUUGUGUUAAGUGAUGUUUUUAAAAAGAAUUAUGUAAA